GCCCUUGCGCCGAAUCUCUUCCACGUUCUCCCUUCGGCGACCAAAGAAAGGGAAAAUCCGAUAGGAAACCUUCCUGUCAAUGGCCGCCUCCCCUUCCAAGGGCGUUAGGGUUUAACUCCAACUUCUCCUAGAUCUCUCUCACCGCCCCUCUCCACGAUCAGGCACCGCAGUACCUGGCAGCCUCAUGGGGUACCUGCAGGAGGCCAGGGAGAAUCACGUCAAGAAGAAGGUCGAGGAAGCUUUGCGCAGCAAAAUGAAACAAAAGGCCCUCAAGGAAUGUGAUGUGCUGUGUUCAAAAUAUGCCGAAUGUGCUCGAGGAAGAACUUUCUCUGUGGUUUGGACAUGCCGCAAGCAAGCCAAAGAGUUGAAUAACUGUCUUCAUCAAUUCAGGAGAAUAAUGUUAAAGAUAUCUAUAUAUUGUACAGACAACGAGACAAUGUUCAUGCCUCACCAAUGACGCAAUACUGGAAGAUAUGAAGAAGGCUUACAUGGAUGAGCAAGAGAGCAAGGAGAAGAACAAAUAAUCUUUAUGCAUGGAUAAAUUGAAAGUCAUGGUUCUCCAUGCCUGUACGUACACUGCUGCUUCUGGAAUUUGGCAGUUGCUUACUGGUUAUCUUGCUUGAUUGAUGCUGAAUUCCUAUAGACCUUUUGUGAACAUUUGGGUUUGUCCGGAUGCAUAACCCGGUAUGAUCUCAAGGAAUCCAUGUAGUACUUUUUUUGGCUUGCAA